AUGAGUGAAGACAUUAUUGAAACACUUUUACGUUCAGACUGUGAUAAAUAUCGUGUACAAGGAAGAGUCUGUUUGGAGGAAGAUGAAUAUUUCAUGGGACUAGCAUCCUGGGAAGCCAAACGAAGUAAAGACCCACAUUUUCAAAAGGGCGCCAUAGUCGUGAAUGAUGAUGACGAGAUCAUUAGUCGUGGAUACAAUUGCUGGGCAAAAGGUAACAAUUAUCCGUACAACGAGACAGUAAAGAAAUUAAUAAUAACCCAUGCUGUAUUUAACGCAAUACUAAAUGCGCCUGGAAAAGUGAAGGAUUGCCGUAUCUAUGUGACGUUAUUCCCGUGCAAUGAAUGCGCAAAAAUGAUCAUACAAUCUGGCAUAAAGAGCGUAAUAUUUUCUUCCGACGAAAAUGGAGACACAUACAAGGCCUCUAGACGAAUGUUAGAGGACGCAGGCAUUGAUAUUCGUCAACAAGUGUCACCGCCAGUUUAUACAGAAUCUGAAUUGGCGGCGCAAGGUAACAGUGAUGAUGAAAAGACGCAGCAAAAUGACACAUGUUAUGAACCUCCAAAGAAACAAAUGAAGAGCAAGGUGUCAAACAAAAAAUGA